CAGAGGAAACAAAGUUAACAGUCACAUGACAAGGUGAUACUUUGCUUUAACCAGAAAAGUUUUCACUUUAAUCUUUCACCAGACAGAAAACUCAUAAACAUGAAAUUCAUUUUUGAUUUUAUUUAAUAAUCAGAUAAAAUGAGUUAGACCAUAUAAACGGGUGCUGUUAAUUUUUUUGGAUUGGUUCACUUUAUUUUUAUAAAAAAAUUCUAUAUGUUUUUCUUUUUACUGACAGGUUUACAAAAUCUACAUAAAAAAGACAAUAUCCACUUUGUACUGAACCAACAAUUUUUGGAACCCGAGUAUGCGCACUGCGCAGUACACGGAAGUAAAGCUAAGCCACGCCCACUCCCCCCUCGCACACCAUCAUGGAGGUUUUUUUUAAACAACUAAACGUGUAAGAAAAUUAAUAUUUAUGAAGUCAACAAUAAGGCCAGGCAUCAAAACGUCGGCCGUUUUGUCAGCUGAGUUUAUCAGAACAGGAAGUCCCGGAUUAUGAUUUGGGUUUAGAGAAGAAAGCUGAUGGAUAUUAUUAUUUACUGACUCAGCAACAAAUCAUCUCAGCCCCCGAUGCGUGCACCUGAGAGCAGCUUUGGACACCACGUCAGGACAGGACCUGCUCUGAAAAUGGACCAGGCUCUGCUCACGUUUCACAACCAGCUGAACGAAGAGGUGCAGGUUUUCUACACAACAGAUUUCUGCUACAAGUGUGUGUACCAGCACCUGGUUUCUGUGAAACCCGACAACAACAACUCAUCUGCAACAAUCAGCACCAGAUUCACUCUGACCCUGCAGGUGCAGAUCCAGACCCGGAACCACACUCUGUGCAGGUGGAGUCAGACCUACGAGGAAUCGGGUCACUACUCUGUUUGGAUCCAGGUGGUUUACACUGAUGCAGUCUGCAGUUUCUCUCUGGAUAAAAGUCCAAACAAUGCACAUCUGCCUCUUCUGGUGGUUGCGUUCCUCUUGGCCAUUACAGCUCUCUUAUUUGUGGUGGUGCCGUACGUCUACAGGAGGCAUUGUACAAAGUGCAAGAAAGCCAUUUGCUGCCAAGAUCCCCUGGACUGUGUGCAGAAUGUCGAUGGUGAAGCUGCAGAUCAACCCGUCACCAAAACGUCACGUCUGCUGUCUCUGGACACUUUCCGAGGGAUUGUCUUCAUCAUGGGGACUUCGGUGGUCCUGGCUUUCAGCUCCAUGCAGAGGAGAGGAGUCAGCCGCCUGCAGCUGCUGCGGAAACUCUCCUGGAGGACGGUGGUCCUGAUGAUGCUGGGCUUCUGUUUCGUCAACUACUCUCCAAGAGACGGACCGUUGUCCUGGUCCUGGCUGCGGAUCCCCGGAGUGCUGCAGCGCCUGGGCUUCACCUACUUUCUUCUGUCUCUCCUGCAGACUUUCUGGGGCCGGACAGAAAGCCCAGAGAGAGAGCAUCACUGGAGGACGUCUGCGCAGGACGUCUUCCUGUUCUGGCCACAGUGGCUGGUCAUCAUUCUGCUGGAGACCAUGUGGCUCUGCAUCACUUUCCUCAUGCCGGUACCAAACUGCCCCACGGGUUAUUUAGGAGCUGGUGGAAUCAGUGACGAUGGUCGUUACCCAAACUGCACCGGGGGCGCAGCGGGGUUCAUCGACAGAUGGAUGUUUGGAGAUAACAUGUACAGAUAUCCAACUUGCAAAGAAAUGUAUAAAACCGUUCAGCCCUUUGACCCAGAGGGGGUUCUGGGGACGAUAAAUUCAGUUGUGAUGGGAUUUCUUGGGAUGCAGGCGGGAAAAAUCAUUGUUUUCUACAAAAGAAGGAACGUUCACAUCCUGGGCCGGUACCUGGUCUGGGCCGCCCUUCUGGGAAUCUCCGCGGCCGUCCUCUGUAAGUGCACGCGAGACGGAGGAUUUAUUCCUGUCAAUAAAAACCUUUGGUCGUUGUCCUACGUGUUGUGUAUGGGUUGCUUCUCCUUCCUGCUGCUYGGAGGCAUGUACUUCAUCAUCGAUGUGAAGGGCUGGUGGAGUGGACAGCCCUUCAUUAAUCCAGGAAUGAACUCCAUCCUGGUUUACGUCGGCCACUCCCUCCUCGGGUUCUACUUCCCCUUCAGCUGGGAAAUCCGCUUCCAGGAAAGUCACUGGGAACUUCUGCUGCAGAACCUGUGGGGCACCACCCUGUGGGUGCUCAUCGCCUACCUGCUGUACAGGAAGAGGUUCUUCCUCAAAAUAUAAUCUGGAUUACYCUUCAUGCUUUUUACUCUGAGACUACUAACCCUUAAUACUGAAUACAAACAGCCACAAUAAGGUACAUAAGAUAUCCUGACGUGUGAAUUUUAUCAUAUUCUCUCAGUUUAUUUGUUUAAAUGAAGGAAAAUUUACUUUCAGGUAGCAAUAAAUAACGUUAGGUACGGAUUACUUACCUGAUUUACCUCAUAAAUAAGUAUGUACUAGCUCUGUAAUUAAUAUGUAUGCACUAAUUGCCUGGCACAUAUCUGCAAAGUACUAAGUACCUAGUACAGGGUUUCCCCUAGGAUUUUUUUUAAUCGAGGUGGCGGUGGGCUGUCUUUUUUAUUUUUUUGGGGAGUGGG